AUAAGUAGGGAUAAUUUCAGUUCUUUGAUUAGUGUGCGGUUUUGUUUCAAAACAAAUCGGAAUCAGGAUUGGUUCAUUAUAAAGCUCCUAAAACUGGCUUUGUAUCGAAAAACAAUUAUGCUGGUACUUUGCCCUAUAGUAUGUCCGUCGAGAUAUACGGCGAACUAUCCGAUAUAUUGUGAAUAAAAAUGAAAUCAGUGACUUCUUAUGGUUUGCUUGUUGAGUGUUUUUGGUUUGCUUUGUUUUGUGGAUCUGCUACCCAUUUAUUGGCUGAUAGUAUUCUUCAUAAGUGGGAAAAAUUAUACUUAGUUCAUCAUUGGCCAGUGACUGUAUGCAUGAUGAAUGAAAAUGAAUGCAAAGAUCCACCAAUGUACUGGACAAUCCAUGGGCUCUGGCCUGAUAAAGCUGCAGAAUGUAAUAGAAGCUGGCACUUCAAUAUAUCUGAGCUUAAGGAUUUCAUGGAAGACAUGAAAGAAUAUUGGCCAGAUAUACUACAUGUAAACCAUACUCAUUUCUGGAAACAUGAAUGGGAAAAACAUGGGACAUGUGCAGCUGAAUUAGAGGUUCUUAACUCACAAAAAAAAUAUUUUCAGAAGGCACUGGAACUCUACAGAAAAACUGACCUUAACAGUUUUCUCUUGAAAGUUGGGAUAAAGCCAGGCUCUACCUACUAUCAGCUGACAGCCGUCAAAGAAGCUCUUGAAAGCUUUUACAAUGUAAUGCCAAAGAUUCAGUGUAUUCCUCCUGAAGAGGGACGGCUACAAGUAAUAGGCCAGAUUAAAUUCUGCUUUACCAAGGAGUUUACUCUGAGAAAUUGUACAGAGGAACAAUCUGGUUUAUCUUCUGCAUUUGAAGAUGACUUUUUCAGAACAGAGGAUCUGUCCGUUUGUAAUGAUACUUUGACUUACUAUCCUUCACAUAUGAAAAGUUACAAACAUUUUGUUGCAAAUGUUGUUGAAAUUUAGGAAAGUUGAACUUUUUAAAGUUUUGGCGGGGAACAAUUAUGCAUUGGAUUUAUACAGCAACGCCAUCUGUGAAGCUAGUAUUAAGGGCUUUCUUUGUGUUUUGAUUGGUGACUGCUUGUUUCGUUAAAAUUGCUGUCCAUAUAUAAUGUACUUUUUCUUCAAUAAAAUUGGCUUAUUUUUCAUUUUUUCUCAAAUUUAUUAGGUGUUAUUUUUAAAUCAAUAUCAGUUGCAAAAUUAUUGCAAUCUGUUAGUGAUCUGCAAUGUUCGUGACAAAAUUUAUUUAGCUACCUAAAAAAAACCUCGGCAUAUAUUUGUAUCAAAUACAAGACUGUAGCAAUUCAUCAAGAAAAAGUCAACUAGAGCAGUAGAUAGCCAUCCUUAGGCAGCCUUAUAUUAUAUAUUUUAAAAGCCCCAAACAAAUGGUAAAGCAUAUAAUUGUCUGGUUUGGUACAGCAACCAAACAGGACAGUUAGGACUGCAGAAAAAACAAUUGCAACCAGCCUGCCUUCCAUUGAAGACCUGUAUCCUGCAAGAGCCAGAAAGAUGGCUGAGAAAAUAUCUACAAACCCUUCACAUCCUGGACAUAAACUGCUUCAACUCCUCCCCUCAGGAUGCUGCUAUAAAGCCUUGCAUGCCAAAACAACUAGAAACCAAGACAAUUUUUUCCCUUGUGCCACCACUCUGCUGAAGGAAUACCUUAUUACAAUACUGUCUUAUGUUUAAGGAUAUUUACCCAUGUAGUAUGGCUAUAUUACUAUUAUGCUUCUCGUCUUUUCUACUACCUUCUCCUGUUGGUAUCUUAUGAUUAUAUUACUUUCUUGUUUGUAUGUACAUUGAGAGCUUAUGCACCAGAGACAAAAUCCUUAUACGUUCAAUCACACUUGGCCAAUCAAGUGUUCUCUUCUCUUCUAUUUCUAUUAUUUCUAUUCAAAUUCAACAUCAAAGUAACUGCUAUGUUAUAAUGAAUAUGUGAGAGUAAAAUACUCUAGAAAGAA